AUUAUUUAAAUAAAUAAUAUUUAAUUCUAAAGUUUUUUCCGAUAUAAGAGCAAAGAAACGAAGGCGAAAAAAAGAAAAAAAAAAAAAAAAGAAGAAAAAAAAAAAAACAACAACAAAAAAGAAAAUGCGAUUUGCGUCGGUUAAAAUACUAGAUAUUUAAAUAGCUUUUCUAUUAUUAGUAGACAAAAAGAAAAGGAUCAAUAACAACCUUGCUCCAUUAUAUGUGAAGAAAGUGUCAAGUUUUUAAAUAAAAAAAUAAGAAAAAAUUUUUUUAAAUUAUUUUUUUUUUUUUAUAAUUAUAACCCAAAUGACAACAAUGCCUCCGGAAAUGUCUACAGCCGCAGCUAAUCCUUCACCCUCCGCUUUAACACCUGCUCCUGUAGCUCGUGAUUCAUUGGUGUCAUUGCAAGCACAGAGAUCACGUUUUAUGAUAAAUGAUAUCUUAGCGGCUCAUCAAAAUGGAGCCACAAAUACUACUAAUCUUAAUAUACAACAGCAUCAGCAUACGCAUCAACCAUACCAACAACAUAUGUUACAACAGCAGCAUCAACAUCAAAUUGCUUUACAGCAUUAUAUAGCACAACAGCAGCAUUUGUUACAACAACGUAGUCAAUUAAAUGGAUCACCUACACUACCGUCUAGUACAUCUUUGCUAAAUCAAAAUCCUAAUAUUGGUACAACAACGCAACAGCAGCAGCCGGCAUUAACCUCUGCUUGCGUUGCAACUACAACAAGUCAAGGUCAACCUGCUUAUACCCAUGCUUUUGGUCAUUUACCAAACUCUACGUUAAUGAGUUUUUCCGGUGGACCGAAUGGUUUGCAUGCCGCUCAGGCAGCGGUUCAUUAUGCAAAUUUACAGUAUCGAGAACGUGAACGUAGUGAACGUUCACGUCUUCUAGAGAACGAUGAACGUUCUCGUUCACCCGCACCUAUACAGUCAACGCAUAGCUUAAGUCCAGCCGUGGCUCAACGCGAUCUAUGCAAUAACACACUUCAUAAUACGAGCGGAAUUAGCGCAGGUGGCGGCGGCAGUAGUAUAAGUGGAGAUCAAGCUAGCACAAUUGACGACAGCGACAGCGAUUGCGGUGCCAAAGAUGAUGAUGGUCACAGUGUUAAGAGUAGCGACAAUUUAAUGGGCUUAACGAAGAAACAACGUAAGGCUCGUACCGCCUUUACCGAUCAUCAAUUGCAAACAUUGGAAAAAUCAUUCGAACGUCAAAAGUAUUUAAGUGUUCAAGAUCGUAUGGAGUUGGCCAACAAACUUGAGUUGAGCGAUUGUCAAGUGAAGACCUGGUAUCAAAAUCGCAGAACAAAGUGGAAACGUCAAACAGCAGUAGGCUUGGAAUUAUUGGCUGAGGCUGGUAAUUACGCAGCCUUUCAACGUUUAUAUGGAGGCUCACCGUACCUGGCGCCAUGGCCUUAUGCUGCUGCUGCUCAAGCACCGCCACACUUGACAGGCUCCACACCCAUAGAUCUAUAUUAUCGCCAGGCAGCAGCAGCUGCUGUUUUACAGAAACCUUUAACAUAUCGUAUGUAUCCAUCGGUUCCACCGUUGGCUAGUGCUGCUGCAUUAAGCAGUUUACCAGUGCACCCCCCACCUCCUAUACCACAUUUAAAUGCUUCCAGUUCCCUAACAACGCUAAGCAAUUAUUAUCAAACGGCUACACAAACGUUAAAUAGCAGUAAUGAAAAUAAUAAUUUUCCAUCUGUUAGUAGUAAUUUGCGUAACGCUAGCCCCAAUCGCAGCGAUGAUGACGAACAGCGUAACAGUGUGGAAAUAGUAAAUCGCUCGCCAAGUCCUCAGCUAAAUCCCGGUAGCCCACCUGAACGUAACGAAAGUCCUGGUAGUUGUCCACCUACCUCGUCCGUUAGCGACAAUGAGAGCGAUAGCGAAAAUGCAAACAUUGAAGUGUAGAGACUCAUCACAAUGGCAUCAAGUGCUCCUUUGUGAACUGGAUUAACAUUUUAAAGGAUUAACCAGCACAAAUAUACUAAAUUUUCCAGUUGGCUAUGGAUCUCAUAGAUAUUAUUUAUGUAUAUUAAGUAUGUAUGUAUGUAUGUAUGUAUGUAUGUAUGUAUGUUUGAACAAUUGUAUAGAGAUGUAA